UGACUGAGAGGCCCUGCAAAGACCAUGAAGGUAAAAUGGCGUCUUAUCCAGUCACUAUGUUAUUUUUCCAUAAGUCUAUAUCAAUGUCAUGGUUCGCUUUCGAAUAAUGGAUCCAAUUAUGCCUCGGUUUUUCCAUCCGUUUAUCCAUCCGUCUCUUUAACCUAUUCAUCAAAUCACCGGGCUUUCAUCCAAAGAUCAUCCCACCAAACACAUUUUUAACAAUCCAUCCAUCAUUCCGUCUUUUCGUUUCAACCAUCAUCCAUAUAUUCAUCUAUACAUUUAUUCUUCUUUUCAUUUAUUCAUCUAUCCACUUAUUCAUCUAUCCAUCCGUUGUUCAUAGCGAUUGAACGCCAUACGCCCCCUUGCUCGGUAGAGCACACCUAAUACUACACAAUAGUUUUAAUCAACUUUCAUCACCGUCAGAUGAUGUGAGCUACCAGAACAGCCGGACGUCAUCGCCGACAGUAGUUGCCGAGAACGUCAUCAACUACGUCAUGAAUUCCGUGGUGUACCGCGUGGAGAUUGGGGAAUUCCCAUUUAUCCGCAUAAACGAUCUACUCCGGUCUGAAAAAACUGCCAAGUCGAAAGAAGAGAAGACUCCCCAGCCCGGUUCCACAAUGGCGUCAUACAAUGUAUCAGACAACAAGAAGAAGGACUCCAGUAACAACUCGUUGAUCAACCCGUUGCUAAAAAUAGAACAGGACGUUUCCCAGACUAUUUUGAACCACAUCGGCGUCGUCUUUGCGAGCAUUCACCAGCAACUGAAGGAUGAUGUGGACGCCGCCCUGGUGAUGAACGCCGACUACCAGGCGGAGCUCGAGGCGCGCGUUUUUAUCGACGUCAUCUUAGGGAAAGUGCGCAGCCACGCGAAGCGCAAAGACAUCCGGUUUUCUAACUGUCCCCACAUGGCGGACAAGGGGGAUCAUUUCGAUGACCCGUUUGCGCCGGUUCAGACGUUCGGGGGUCAGCAUUCUGUUAAUCCCUCGUUAUGCACGGCAUCCUUCACGAGCGCUGAGCCCAUGUCCAGCAUCGCAUCAUACAUCAGCGGGUUGUUCGAGAGGAUCGUAGACGAGAACAAACAGGAAGGGGGGGAUCUUGAAAAGACGGCCAAUCUGAUCCGGUCGAUCAUCAAAGCUUGCCUAGCUGCCGACUACAAGUUCGUCAGUCCUAAAGGGGAAGGUAAGGACGGGCUACUGGUCGCGCAGAUUUCAAGGUCGGACGCCGUUUGCGUCCUCGUGGUUGAGAUCAUUCUGAACGAGCUUUUCGGCAGACUGCGGUGG